AUGGCGGACGCAGGAUUCUUCAAAGGAACGUCUGCCGAGCAAGACAGGCGGUUCGCCGACAAAGAAGCUAAACUCAUGAAGACGAUGAAGUUUCCUGCAGAGUUUGAGAAACGGGUGGAUAUGAGAAAAGUCAACCUCACCGUCAUCAGACCAUGGGUUGCCAAAAAGAUUAUCGAGCUCAUUGGCUUCGAGGAUGAAGUUGUUGUUGAGUAUGCUAUGGGUCUUUUGGAAGACGACUCGAAUCCUACGCCAGACCCUAGGAAAAUGCAAAUCUCCCUCCAAGGUUUCCUAACCAACAAGACCGCGUCAUUCAUGACUGAAUUAUGGAAGCUGCUAAUCGAAGCUCAAGAAGAGGUUACUGGUGUACCGAGGACAUUCGUCGAGCAGAAGAAAGAAGAGUUGAGGCGGGCGAGGGAGAAUGAUGCUAGGGCUAUCGACGAGCGGGACCGCAGAAUGAGGUUGGACGAGAUGCGGGGACCUCCUGGUGGCGGGCGCGGGGAGGCGGAAGAGGCCGAGGACGCGGGAGAGGCGGGUUUGAUGACGGUGGAGGACGGCCUCGAGACUCUGGUUGGGGAAGCAGAGGCGGAGGUCACGGCGGAGGUCCCCCCAGGCGCCGCUCGCCCCCGCCCAGACGCCGGUCGCGCUCGAGGACCCCGUCUCGCGACGAUUCUCAUUCUCCACCCCCGAAUAGACGCUACAGAUCACCUCCUCCACGCCGCAGGUCGCCUUCCCGAACUCCGCCAAUGCGCCGACGGCAUUCGCCCCGCCGACCGAGCCCGUCCAGACGCUCAAUUGCUUCCUCCGCUUCACGCUCUCGCUCCCGAACUCCUCCGCAAAAGAGACGUGUCAGGUCUCCAUCCUACUCGCCGCCUCGAGAUAGAGCUGGCCGUGGGGGCAAGAGGUUCAGGGACAGCCGCAGCCCUCCUGCGAGACGCCGUCGUCUCUCACCUGGCCCCCGUUCCCGUUCUCCUCGAUCCAGGUCUCGUUCUCACUCCCGGACCCCUAUUGAUUCGCGCUCAGAGUCGGUGGACAGGUCGCCUUCUCCUGGACCUCGCGGCUCAGGAAGGCGUAGGAGUACGUAGAAGGGGUGGAAGGUCUCCCUCGAGGAGCCGGUCUAGGACACCUCCACGCCGUAGGAGCCCCAGUUCUGAUGAUGAGAGGGACAGAGAACGAGGAAGAGGGUAUAGCAGGUCGCCUGACCGCGGUUCAUACGCCAGCAGUCGAUCGAGGUCCAGGUCAAGGAGCCCCCCUCCUCCACGAAGAGGUGACCGUGACCGACAUGGCCGCGACCGCGAGACGGACAGGUAUAGGGAGGGAGACGAUGGACGCAGGGGAGGCCGGAUGGAUAUCGACCGUGACCGUGACCACGAACGCGAUCUACCACCUGUCCAAGAACUCAAAAUUAAAGGCCAAGCUCAACUCCAAAAGAAGAGUCGUUGGGAAAAUGAACCAGAGGAAGAUCGACGAGGUGCCCCGCGUGACCGGGACAGAGAUCGCGAUGAUUAUGGUGCGCGGGGAAGUGCUAGUGGGGGUAGUGUGAGCGGUGGAGAUGCGGAUGGAAUGGAAGUCGAUGAUGAUGAGGCUGCUAGGAGGAGAGAGUUGCAGAAGAGGGAGAAUGAACUUAAGGAGAAGGCCUUGAGGAACAAAGUUAUCCGGACUAGGAAGACGAGUUAGAGGGCUCAUCCUAACGAUUGAAUAUGGAUGGCUGAAAUGGGAGGCGGAAUGGAUUUUUGGUGGAUGUUUGGCAUAGGGCUGGGUGGCAAGUACCCCUCCACCGUUACUUUUUCUUUCCAACUUUCUCUGUUCAACCUUUUUGUCUGCGUGUUUGUGAUUUCAAAAUUCCGUCGCACGUGCUUAGUAUCUCCUCCCCUCUCUCCCUUUUUCUGCAGAGGCGAAAUUCAGGAUACACUACUCCCCACUUCACACUCAGACGCUCGGCUGAUUGGCUAAUUGGCCGCCUCGUGCCUUUGACAUUUAACCUCGGAACAAAACCCCUUGCGAAGCAUCAUGGCCAGGGCUGCAGGGG